AUGUAAUUUAAUUUAAAUUUAAAUAAACAUGUCAACAGACAACUCAGAAUUAUUGAAUAAGUUUCUGACCGAAUUUAAUCAAUUAAAGAAAUAAAACUAAGAAUCUAAACAUAUCAAUCACUUACUAAAGAAAACUAAUUGUUGGUUUAAGAAUUAAAUAAAAUCAAAAAAGAAAAUCAAAGAUUGAUAGACAAUAAUUCAUUUCUUACUGAUUAACUUAAUUAAUUAAAAGAAUUGUAUUAAGAAACUAAGCAAGAAUUAUAAGAAUCAUUUAAUUUCAUCUAAACAAUUAAUAAAACUAUCAAAACUGGUACAUUUGAACACGAUGAUAAUGAUAUAAAUAAAUUAAUGGAAAUUUUUUCUGUAAAUUCUAUGGAAUAAUUAUUAAUUACUGCUGAAAAAGUUAAAACUGUCAUGUUAGGGGUUGCUCAUUUGGAAUAAUUUUGUAAACAAAUUUGUGAAUUAAUAUAUGACUAAAAUGAAGAAUAAUAUAAUUUAGAAUAAGUAUUUCCAAUAAUUCAAAAAUGGAAAUUUGAUUCUAAAUAUGUUGAUUGUUUCUUGAUCUUUAAAAAUUAAUUAGAAUAAACUCUUUAAUUAAAAUAAUCUACUGAUUCAUAGAUAAUUGAUGCAAUUAAAUCCUUAUAAAAUGCAUCAAAUAAUGAUAUUCAAACUAUAAAAUAAUUAUUUAAAAUAGAUUCAAGUGAAAAUUUGAUGUUUAAAAUGAGUUAAACCUUUAUAUUAUUAUAGGAUAUCUAAUAAUUUAUAAAAAUUGCAAAAAGAUUAUUAGAUUUAGAUGAAAAUAUGAAAAGUGAAGCAUGUAUGGUUUAUAUAUUAAAGAUUAUUGAAAAGAUAAAGUAGAAUUAAUUUAAUGAUCCUGAUCUAAUACUAAAGAUUAUGAAAAUACUUAAAGUAGAUCAUCCAUCUUAAAUUCUUAUAAAAUUAGAAUAAUAAUAAACUAUUUGA